GAAGGCUGUGGAAGAGUUACUUAAAGAGGCAAAACGUGGGAGAACCAGAGCUGAAACAAUGGGAGCUAUGGGUUGCCCUUUGUCAGAGGAGUCCUGGAGAAGAGAUGCACAAACCCUGGAGACAUCUAGUGUAAGGCCAGCAGUCCUGCAUUGGCACUGGAAAGUUGAAGCAGCUCAGCCUAUGAAGAAAAGAUUUGUUCUGCCAUCUGUCUUUGGGUUGAAAUGUCCUCUUGCUGGUACAAAUAAAAGAUUUCUUAUUAACACCAUCAAAAACACGUUGCCAUCUCAAAAAGAACAAGACCAAGAGCGUGAGCAAAAGGAAGAUGAUAAGGAGUCUGAGCCAAACAAAAGCAGGAAAGAAGAAAAACCAAAGAAGCGCAGAAUUCACCCGUAUACACCCAGCUUUCAGUCCAGAAGGAGAGUCAGCUACUCUCCUCCAAGGCACCAAAGCAGGAGCCACCACACAAAGGAUAAACAUGAAAAGCGAUCAAGCAAGCGAUGAGGAGAGUGACAAGUAUGUGUUGUUACAAGUCAGGAAUGUCAUUAAGUGUAGGAAAGCAGGAGUGUCGCAGUUUUGCAAGAAGAGUUGAUGUUCAAACUUGAGUUUUGAACCAAGUUGCCUGUGUGAGAAGUAACCUAGAAGUAGCUUUAGAAACUUUUCUUUGGGACCUUUAAGAGAAAAGCAAAGUACAGCAUAAAACUUUCAGUUGUUUUAGAACAGACAUUCCCUUUACUCCAUUCCUCUCUCCCCUUCUGACUAAGCUUAGGAUCUUGGUGUUGGAGCGUGAUAUGUGUGUCACUGUCUAAUACAAAUCAUUUAGUCAUGUCACUCUUUUGGAAAUAAACUUAAAUUAAGCAGAAUUCUAUUUAUUGUGUGGAGUUUGCAGAACUUCUUUGCUGCUAACCAAUAAAGAAGUUUUGCUUAUGUGGGUUAGAAUCUAGAAGAAGAAAAAGCUGGUCAGUGCCUGACCAAGCAUAUGCAUUUUGUAUAGAAUAUAAGAGAUUACUUUCUUUAAUAUAAACAGAACAAAUUUAAAAUGGGCAAUGCUAGGUUUGCUUUCCAGAAGGGACUGCUGGAAAAUAUUGUUUUUGCUUGUUAAUGUAUAUUCACAAACCUAUCAUGGAUAACAAAAGACGUAACCUCUAAAAAGCUGCAACUGCAAUAAUUAUCUCUGUUUAGACUCCCCUCUGUAAGGAAGUAGUUGGAACAGUCUGUUGUCACGGUGCUUUCAAAACAAACCCCGAAGACAAAAUUUUCAUGUUUUCUUUCUACUGUUAAAAAGUUUCCAAGAUAAUAUGUAAUACUAGAAAUACAGAGGUGAUGCUUAAACUGUCCAAUGCUCACUUUCCAAGGCUUUGUGACAAUUCUAUCGUGGUACAGUUCUUAAACUUGUGACUGUGAGCACAAAUGAUACACAUUGGCAUCUUCUAUGUCUCACUUCUGUUUGUGUUACAUUAACAAACUUCUUUGUGAAAUAUUUUGUAUUUUACUGUUCUCGGAAAUAAUUGUUUUCGACAUAGGUUUGUUUUCGAGUGUGUUGACAAUAAAAUGGAAAAUGUUCAUGAAGGUGCCCUGUGGAAUUGCUGCUUUUAAGGGGUUUCUUAGCUGAGACGCGCCUCUCCGAGGGAAGGAGGAGCGGGGCUCCGUGGCCCGUCCGUGCCGACUCAGAGCAAGAGUGCCACCUGUGGGCGUGUGAGCGCCUG